GAAAUAGAGACGUUAGUUCUUAGGUAAUUUAUUGCCGGCUUCAAUCUCUGUUGGCGAUUUUCCAUAUAAAUGUAUAUCUUCUUCCCCGUUAAUUCUCUCCUUGAAUCUCCCAUCAACUUUCAAAAUCCAGCUAUAUAUCUCCGCUUAAUCUUUCCCUUCCAAACCCCAAAGCUCGCAACUUUUUCAUACACUGUUCAUUCCCAAUUUCAAAUUGUGAGACAAAAUCUUUGUUAGUUUGUUCUGUGGUGAAUCUUCGAUACCCAUUUCCUUAAAGAUCUCAACUUUCAUUCAAAAUCUUUGUUCGCUUGACCCAAUUUGAGAUACCCAGUUCCUCAAAUUCCUUUUUCUACAAGCCCAUUUGGUGAAAUUUGGCCUCAAUUUUGGGUUUUAGCAAAUGGUGGUGAAGCUGAUACGGUGGCCGUCAUGGCCACCACUCUCGUCGAAGAAAUUCGAAGCAAUAAUUGUUGUUCGCCGGCUUGAAGGUCUAAGUUUAGCUCAAACUGAGGGAGAGAAGGCUAUGGCGUGUGAGAUCAAGUGGAAAGGUCAGAAGGGAGCUUUGCGGUCACUGAGGCGCCCUGGGAAGAGAAAUCACACCAAAGAAGUGGGUGUUGGAGAUGGUGGGGUGGUGGAAUGGAACGAGACGUUUCGGAGUGUGUGUAGUUUCUCAGGCUAUAAGGAGGGUGUGUUUAAUCCAUGGGAGGUCUCAUUUACAGUGCUCUUCUAUGGUAUGAAAGAAGGAUCCAGAAAUAGGGUUCCUGUUGCUGAAACUACAUCAUUGAACUUAGCAGAAUAUGCUUCUGCUGUUGACGGAGAAGAGACUCAAAUAAAUUUUUCCGUCAAAGUCCCUAUUGGGAUUACUGAGUGUAGUCCCUCACUCUGUUUAUCUCUCAGUUUAUUGGAAUUAAUAACUGCUCAAGAACCUUCAGAGACCGUGCAUAAAUCAAUAUUGUGCCUUCCACUGUCACCCUGUUAUGUGGAAGCUCACUCAACUGAGAAAAAUGAAUUAUCUGCCCUUAAAGCUGGUCUAAAAAAGGUGAAAACCUUUGCAGAUUAUGUCUCAGCAGGAAGAGCAAAGAAGGCAAGCCGUGAAGGAGAGAGCAGUGAUGGCAGGUGCUCUGACAGAAGCGUGGAUCCUGAGUACAAUUAUCCCUUUGACACAGAUUCACUUGAGGAUGAUGUUGAUAAUGAGGGGCAAUCAGAGGAAAGUAAGGAUGAUUCUAGCAUUAGGCAGCCGUUUAGUUAUGAAACAUUGGCCUUUGCAAACUGUUCCAAAGGAUUAUUAUACUCCAAUACAAUAAACAAUGGUCAUGAUGAAUGCUUGAUCUACUACAGUAACUGUAAACUGGAGGUGGAAUGCUACAAUAUUGAGAAUUCACAUGCAUCUCUCUCCCAGCUGAUCCUGCAGCCAAAUUUAAAGCGCAAUAUCCUUUCUUGGAAGAAAAGGAAACUAAGCUUCAGGUCCCCUAAAGCCAAAGGGGAGCCUCUUCUAAAGAAACAUUACGGAGAAGAGGGUGGGGAUGAUAUUGAUUAUGAUCGUAGGCAGCUUAGCUCCUCUGAUGAGUCCAGUCUUGGGAAGAGUGAAGAAGGUUUCAGUACUGAUGAAUCGUCAAUAACUGAAUUUGGGGAUGACAAAUUUGCUGUAGGUAGUUGGGAGUGUAAGGAAGUAACCAGCCGUGACGGACAAUUGAAGCUCCAAACUCAAGUAUUUUUUGCUUCAAUUGAUCAAAGGAAUGAACGUGCUGCUGGGGAGAGUGCAUGUACAGCUCUGGUCGCAGUCAUCGCUGAUUGGUUGCAUUCAAACCAAGAUGAGAUGCCCAUCAAAUCUGAAUUCGACAGCCUCAUUAGAGAUGGAUCAUUAGAAUGGAGAAAUCUUUGCAAGAACGACGUCUACAUAGAGCAGUUCCCUGACAAACACUUUGAUCUCGAGACUAUUCUCCAAGCUAAAAUUCGUCCUGUUUCUGUUGCUGCAGAAAAAUCCUUUGUUGGAUUCUUCCAUCCAGAAGGACUAGAAGAGGGAGGUUUUGACUUCCUUCAUGGUGCCAUGUCCUUUGACAGCAUAUGGGAUGAGAUCAGCCUUUCUGCGUCAGACUGCCCAAGCAAUGGUGAGCCUUUGGUAUACAUUGUAUGUUGGAAUGACCACUUCUUCAUCCUAAAGGUUGAGAAGAAUGCUUACUAUAUCAUCGACACACUGGGGGAGAGGCUUUAUGAAGGAUGCAACCAAGCAUAUGUCCUGAAAUUUGAUAAAGACACAAUAAUUACAAAAUUAUCAAGCGAGGGUCAAACAUCAGAUGAAAAACCUGCCACUGCCAGUGAUAAGAUGCAACCUAAAAGCUGCGAGGAAACCUCAACUAGGGGGACUCCGGUAGACCAAUCCAAUGAGUCGUCUGAUGAAAACAGUGAGAAAGAAAAGAUUGUGUGUAGAGGGAAGGAAUCAUGCAAGGAGUAUAUUAAGAGCUUCUUGGCUGCAAUUCCAAUAAGGGAAUUAGAGGCUGAUAUCAAGAAAGGGUUGAUGGCUUCUGCACCUUUUCCUCACAGGCUACAAAUUGAGUUCCAUUAUACCCGGUUCUUGCCACCGAUGGUUGAAUCUCCAGUUGCAGAAGCAACGGUUGAUCCACCAGCAAUGGCAUUGGCAGUUGCCGAAGCAAUGGUUUAUCCACCAGCAAUGGCAUUGGCAGUUGCAUAGGUGACUCGUAUAUAUCUCUAUAAAUUGCCUGGUUUCUUUUGCUGUAUGUGUUUAGGCUAACGGGUAAGUAAAGAAAAUCUCAUCUCUCUUUUUGAUUCCCUUUUUUCUUUUUUUCUGGUGGUGCUUUCAGUUCUAAUUGUAAAGCGAGGAAAUGGAAGCAUCUCCUUUUCUAUUACACGUUUUGGAGUUGUGUGGCUAUUUUUUCUAUUCUUUUUUUCCAUGUAAAUGACUGUUUAUUCAUGCUGCUAAUUUCCGUUUAAUUAGUUACAUUUCCUUUAUUUAUAAACUAUGACUCCAUGUAAAUUUUGUAAUCCUUAUUCAAAGGUUUGAGCCUUUUAUAUAGCGACAA